UAAUCAAGAGCACAUUUUCAGGAGAAAGUUAGCUAGGACUGUGAAUUUCAGCUGCGAAAAAGUCUUAAGGUCUAAUCAGAGUAUCUGUAUAUUGGAAAUGACUACAUCCAAGCAAGAUCCUUAUGUUGUUCAGCGGGGUAUUCAACUGUUUGAUUGCGAUCCGUAUGUCAAUUAUCAUGGACAGUAUUUCAAGGAGGAUCAUCAUGACACAGAAUGUUGCAAUGUGGAAAAUGAUGAGCUUGUUGCACAUGCUCUUCAAGAGGAGCUGUCACAACUUUCAGUUGUUAAAGAACAGGGAUCUCCAAAUGAAGGGGAAACGGAUUUACAAGUGUCUGGUUACCAACAGGAUGGGGUUUGUCAAUCUAUAGGAAAUUAUGGUUCUGGUCAGGAUUGUGGCCAGGAGGAGCAAGAUGAUGUUGGACCUUCCAGUUCAUGGUCUAGGCCUAAAGAAAACUUGUACCACAAGGAUGAUUUGCUGUUUUCGCUCGAUCUGACAGAUGAGUGUGCCCUAGAUGGUGAAGUGGGGAAAAUGCUGAAUCAGAUGGUUCCAGUGCCUCAUAUCCCAAGAAUAAAUGGAGAAAUACCCUCAGUUGAUGUAGCAACCUCGGAUCAUCAAAGGCUGCUUGAAAGAUUGCAGGUAUAUAAUUUGGUUGAGCUUAAAGUUCAAGGAGAUGGUAACUGUCAGUUUCGUGCCCUUUCUGAUCAAUUCUACCGAACCCCUGAGCACCAUGAAUUUGUGAGGCAACAAGUUGUAAAUCAGCUUAAGUCUUGUCCAGAGAUAUAUGAAGGAUAUGUUCCCAUGGCUUACAAUGACUACCUGGAGAAAAUGUCUAGGAGUGGUGAAUGGGGUGAUCAUGUCACCUUGCAGGCUGCUGCUGAUUCGUAUGGUGUUAAAAUAUUUGUUAUAACAUCUUUCAAAGACACAUGCUACAUUGAGAUUCUUCCAAAUGUCCCAAGGUCAAAACGAGUAAUUUUUUUGAGCUUCUGGGCUGAAGUGCACUACAACUCAAUCUAUCCUUUUGGGGUGAUGGAAGAAAAGGCCACACAGCCUGUUCAGAUGAAUACCAAGAAUGCAGUGAUGGAAGAAAAGGCCACACAGCCUGUUUGGGUUGGCUGCAGUUUUUGAUAGAAGUCUUGUUUAAGAGAAUAUGUAGUAAAAAUCCUGUUUAGGAGUAUCUGAUGUAGAAGUCCUGUUUAAGAGAAUCUGGUGUAGAAAUCCUGUUUAUGAGAAAUAAAAGAUAUUUAGUAAA